AUGUGUCUUACAGACAGCACAGGGUACGUCGUGGUUGUGUACCACGGCGUCGCCGAUCUCGUACUCAGCUCCGUAGAUGUGUCCUCUAGAGGCUUCCAUUCUUCUGUUGUGGCGGCCCCAUUGAGGGUUUCUCGACUUCAUCUCAAUUUUAAGAUGAUGUCAGCUUUCUCUGUUGUGUUGAUCAUGGCAGUGGUGACUUUUCAAGCUGGACAGUGUAUUUCGCCUGGAGGAUCUGUGUAUACUCGCUGGGGCCACAAGAAUUGUCCAAAGACAGCUAUUUUGGUCUAUUCAGGUUAUGUGGGAGGAUCUCAUUAUGGGCACCGAGGAGGGGCAGUUGAACCGCUCUGUUUACCGAAAGACCCUGAGUGGGGUCGCAAUAACGGGAGAAUGGACAACUCAAGAGGAUUUGUCUAUGGAGCGGAAUACGAGGUGAAUAGGAAUAUCAUAAAUGCUCAUAUCCACAACCAAGACGUGCCCUGUGCUGUGUGUAUGACUGAAAAUGAGAAGUCCGUCAUAGUUAUUCCAGCGAGGAAAUCCUGUUAUGAUGGAUGGAGAAGAGAGUACUGGGGGUACCUGAUGACUGGAUAUUACAAUCACGCCGCGGCCUCUUCCUACACCUGUGUGGACGCUCACCCCCAGGCUCUUCAUGGUGGAAACGGUAAUUAUGACGGUUAUCUGUGA